AUGCGAACGGAGAAGUUCUGGCCUUUAACUCCGGUUUGUACGGUCGGCACGGCCUUUGAUGCAGAAGCCCUCCCCUGUUUCGAAGCUGUGCUCACAGGGAUCGAGUUGGGUUUAACAGAUUUCACCAGGCUUCGGUUUUUAAUGAAAGAAAUCUAUGGCAGUUUUAAUGCUAUGGGAUUGCAAGAGAAUCUUCUUAGAGGCAUAUAUGCUCAUGGGUUUGAGAAGCAAUCUGCAAUUCAGCAAAGGGGGAUUGUACCAUUUUGCAAGGGACUUGAUGUGAUUCAACAAGCACAGUCCGGAACAGGAAACACAACAACUCUAUGCUCUGGAGUUCUACAGCAGCUUCUCUACAGCUUAGUUCAGUGCCAAGCAUUGGUCCUUGUACCAACCCGAAAAUUAGCACAACAAAUCAUGCAGGCUUUAGGUGAUUACCUUGGUGUUAAGGUUCAUAUUUGCGUAGGUGACCAGUAUCUACGACGACCUACAGAUUCUCUCCAGUGGGGUUCACCUAGCCGUGUGCUCAAGAAAGUUAAGGUUAGCACUUUGCUUCUCCACCUCCAUCCUUUGUCACCUGCAUCUGCAGGCCAAGCAAGAGCAAAGCUUGUAGCCUUGCAAUUAAGAUAA